AUGUCCCUAUACCACGAGUCGGCGGAGAUUCUGGCGGCCUCACAGAAGAAUGGCGGGUCUCUCAAGUCUCUAGUGUUUGGCAAAAAGACGUGGAAAAGCGACCCCAAGGCCUUGUAUGCCUUGACGACAGAAACUGCAAAAUGGAGCACAAUCCUCUCCGAAGUGCUCGAGAAGAGCGGACUUCUCAAAAUUGAAAAAAAGCUCACGCCGAUACUGGCACUCUUGCUUGUCCACGAUCUUUUCCUGGCGAAAAAAGGCAUUGCACUGCCCGCGACACAUGGCUUGCACUCCAGCAUCAGUCGACACAAGGCCCGGCUUUCAGCCGAACUAACAAAAGCGCGCAUACGACGAGGCUUUGGAUCACUAGAUGAUCUCCGAAAGGAUGUCGAAGGACGUGCCAUCUCGCACUCGAGCUCCGAUGGGAGCGAAAUUCCGACUCGGCAUCCGAGAUGGAUUCGCAUCAACACUCUCAAAACUUCACUCGAAGAAGAACUCAAGGAAGAUACUGGUGCAUUCUCCACCUUCACGCAAGCCAAGUCUUUGAAAGAGAUCAUUCAAGCGGCCCCAACCAGUCGACUCGUCUACAUUGACGAAAAUAUCCCCGAUUUAGUCGCAAUUGCUAGUCCCGAAGAACCCACCACUUUCAAAGCCUACCGUUGUGGAAAGCUGAUUCUGCAGGAGAAAGCUUCCUGUUUCCCGGCAUAUCUCCUCGACUACCACUCCUCACCCGAGGGCGAGGCAGGCGAUGUGAUUGAUGCCUGCGCCGCUCCGGGGAAUAAAACCACGCACAUCGCCGCUAUCGUUCGUAGUCACAAUGGCACCGGUCGCGUCUUUGCCUGUGAACGCGAUCCCGAACGGAGUAAGACGUUGUCGAAAAUGACCAAAAUCGCCGGAGCCGAUGAGAUUGUGACGAUCAAAGCCAAACAGGACUUCACGAGAUUGGACCCGACAAAAAAGGAGUUCGCCAAUGUGAAAGGACUGAUACUGGAUCCGAGUUGUUCGGGCAGUGGAAUUUUCGGCAGAGAUGAAGGGACGAUUGUGGUCAGAUUGCCCUCAUUGACUGCCAUCGAGGAGAAUUUGCCAAAGGGAAAGAAGAGGAAACGAGGUGGCAAAAACGACAAACCACAGGAGCAGAAGCCGCCGGCAGAACUUGAAACACAGGCUGCUGCUGUCGAAGAGGAGAUUCCCGACGACGAGAAUCAGGAUGAUGAGAAGUUGCAAAAGAGAUUGGAAAACCUUGCGGGAUUUCAACUCAGCAUCAUCAAGCAUGCCAUGGCUUUCCCGAGUGCCGAGCGGAUCACCUACUCUACAUGCUCUCUACACGGCCAAGAGAACGAGGAAGUGGUCGUCAAGGCUCUCCUAUCCGAUAUCGCCAAACGUCGAGGCUGGCGUAUAUUGAAGCGAAGGGAGCAAGUGGAAGGAAUGCAGAAAUGGCACAAAAGAGGCGAUAUCCAAGCCGUAGGGCAGAAGCGAAAUGGAGAUGGCGCGAAGUUGGAGGUGGCAGAAGUCGCAGACGCGUGUAUCCGAUGCGAUAAAGGCGGUGAAGACGGGACUAUGGGAUUCUUUGUUGCGGGAUUCGUGCGGGAUGAAUCCUCGGCGAUGAAUGUUUCCGAAGAGGAUCACGCUGCUGAGGUAUCCGUUGAGCUUGAGGAUAACGAGGCUGAAUGGGGAGGUUUCAGCGAAGAUGAGUCGUGAUCAUGAUAUACCUAGGUAGAUGAGGUGCCGUACUGUAGAUCAUAAGACAGGC